UCGGUGGUUUUCACCUACACUGCUCCUUGAUAAACGCAGCAGAUGAAGUCGGUAUCUUGCACCUGGCUGGUCGAAGAAUUUCACUAGGCGUUCGUCGCCUCCUCCUUUCUCUGCCGUCCUCUCACCUCUGCAACCCCCAAUACUUACUUUCUCUCUCUAGGGUUUUUUUUGUUUUUCCGUAGAAAGCAAAUCGAUUUCUGAAAAGAUGGAUCAAUCGUUCCUCCUAAUGCUAUCAAACCUCCUCCACCUCCACAACUACCUGGAUCCGACCACCUCCCCCCUCCUUUCCUCCACCACCCUCUCCUCCGCCGCCGCCGAUGCCACAUCCACUUCCGCGGCCCCCCUCCUCUUCUUUACCCUUGCCUCCGUCCUCUCCUACCUCGCCUCACAUCCCCCAAACAAAAAAAACCCCAAAUCCACCUCCCCCUCCCCGUCCUCCUCCGCCGCAAAACCCCCUUCAGAAUUCUCCGUUGCCGCCUUCCGUGCUCUCUCCACGGAGCACAUUUGGGCAAUGGAAGCCCCCCUGCGCGACGCUCAAUGGCGAUCUCUCUACGGCUUGUCCUACCCCGUUUUCACAACUGUUGUUGAAAAACUUAAACCCUAUAUAACCCAAUCUCAGCUCUCUCUCCCCUCGGAUUACGCCGUUGCCAUGGUCCUCUCUCGCCUCUCCCACGGCCUAAGUCUCAAAACCUUAGCUUCCCGUUAUGCCCUUGAGCCCUACUUAAUUUCCAAGAUAACGAACAUGGUAACCCGCCUUUUAGCAACCAAGCUGUACCCUGAGUUCAUUAAGAUUCCUGUUUCCCGUCGCCGAUUAGUAGAAACGACGCAGGGGUUUCAGGAGCUAACUUCCCUGCCCAACGUGUGUGGUGCCAUUGAUACUACACCGGUUAAGCUUCAUAAGAUUAGUCCUGACAUGAUUAAUGGUUCCAUGUAUGUUUGUAAAUAUGGGUUUCCAUCAGUUCUGCUGCAGGUUGUCGCUGACCAUAAGAAGAUAUUCUGGGAUGUCUGUGUGAAGGCGCCUGGAGGAUAUGAUGAUGCUACUCAUUUCAGGGAUAGUUUGUUGUAUAAUAGGUUGAUUUCGGGGGAUAUUGUUUGGGAUAAGGCUGUUAGUGUUAGGGGACAGCCCGUGAGGCCGUAUAUAGUUGGGGACUGGUGUUUUCCACUGCUGUCAUUUUUGCUUACGCCGUAUAGUUAUAAUAGGACUGGAAAUCCCUCACAGAAUGCAUUUGAUGAGGCGUUGAUGAAGGGGAGGAAGGCGGUGGAGGAGGCAAUCGGAUUGCUAAAAGGGAGGUGGAAGAUUCUGCAGGACUUGAACGUGGGAUUGAAUCACGCCCCCCAAACAAUAGUUGCCUGUUGUGUAUUGCACAAUUUAUGUCAGAUUGCAAGGGAGCCUGAGCCAGAGCUGUGGAAGGAGCCAGAAGAGAAUGGGCAACCUCCAAGGGUGCUGGAGAAUGAAAAGUCCUGUUAUUAUUAUGGGGAGACCUUAAGGCAGGUAUUGGCUGAUGAUCUAUAUCAACGACUAUCAUCAAGAUGAGCAAAACUCAAGAGCAUUGCUUGCCUUAUUUUGGGUGAAAUGUAAGAUUAACCAUGCAUUCUAGUACUAACAUAAGUUAGCUUAUCCCUUUUUCCUUUUAUUGGUAAUCAUAUCAUAUAGUUGAUGAGAAUGUUAACCUGAUUUUGGAGUCUGAAACUUACAUUGGAACAUGUGAAAUUGGAAAAGGUGUUAUAUCCUAUACUGUUGCUGAUCGAAUUUGUUGCAAGAGGCCAAAUGCUAAUACUUUUUGCUUCUAUGUAUAAUUGAUGUAAUUUUGGUGAUAAAUAAUCUUUGCAGUUUGGCUAA